AUGGCCUCCCGUUUCUUGCUGAACCCAAUAAAAUAUUUAGAAGGGGAUAUCCUGACCAAUGUAGGCCGAAAUCGAGUGUGCUCCCGAAAUAUGUAUGAUUGGAGUGGAAUCAAUAUGCUUAUACGGAACAGAGAUAGAAGAGCUAGUAUAUCUCUGCAGGUGAGAUAUAAGAGCUAUUCAAACCCUACUGGAAAUCCGGGAUGUGGGGCCGGCAGGGGCGGGGGGGCUGGUGGCUCGGUUAGGGAGUCUGGAGGUGGCUUGGGGCAGUUUGGGGCAGCGCAAGAAGAACAGUUCUUCUUCAACAAACAGAGAGAACAGUUGAAGGCCAUAAAGAAGAAGAUACUGGAAAGGAAAAAUUUGAAGCAGAAGAAGGAAAAGAUUCGUUCACCCCCCGACACUAUCAAUGAAGAAGGUUACUUCACGCAGAGAGCUAGACAGCAGUUGGAAGAAUUGAAGAAGAAAUUAGAAAAACCCAAAGUGGAGAAUACGGAGAAGAAGGAAUAG